GGGAGUACUACUAACCCGACAGGAUCCAGUCCAGUCCCACAUCUUACAGAACAGAGGGGCAGAGAACUGCUGAAGACUGAGUUAUCAUGUCGGGACGCAACCAUCCAGAGGCUCCGGCGAGAUGUGCUGCUUUCCCCACCAGGCCCGCGACUCCCAGUCUGCUCAGCUGGAUGUCCAUGGGCAGAGGAUCUCUCAGCUGCAGACGGAGCUACAGGAGAGCCAACUGGAGCUCCAGAGGGGACACAGCCGAAGAGAGCAGCAGCAGAGGGACCUGCAGACCCAGACACAGCAGGCAGAGGAGCUCCACACUCAGCUGGCUGAGGUCAAAGGGCGUCUUGUGCAGGUGGAGGGAGAAAAUGAGGCACUCAUGGGAUAUAAGCGGGAGCAGGGAGCCGAGAGCUCUGCCAGGGUCAGAGAGGACACAGAGAGUGCCCAGGCCGAGCAGAGGUGUGUGGACCUGGAGGGGGAGCUGACAGAGACCCCUCCCCAGAGACCAAGGGAAGCCUGGGCUGAGGAGCAGACCCAGAAGUUCCAGGUCACGGUGUCCAGUCUGAAGAGCCAGCAUGGCUGUGUUAGUCAGCAGCUGCAGGACAGGAGUGCUGAGGUGCAGAGGCUCCAGAGGUCAUUGGCUGAGCUACAUGGAACGAGAAAUGGAGUGGGAGAGAGAGACAUCCGCCCUGCAGGGCCAGCCGGGCCUUGCCAGAGAGGAGCUCCACAGCGCCAUCCUCAGGGUGAGCCCCGAACUGCAUCCUGCCCCUCCGCAGCGAUCCCCAUUGUGUUCCACUCAGACGAUUAGCACUGAGAUAUAGUGGUACAUAAAAGGGGAGGCCCUGUUUUAAUUAACAUAAAUAUUAGUAUAAUGACAUGAAGCCAUCCCACGUUCCAUUUCAGGCUCUUAGUGUUAAUACCUAUUUUAAUACAUUAUCAUUACCGCCAUCAUAAUUCUUAUUAUGGUAACUGUAAUUAUUCGAUUUAUGACAGAAUUAUUAUUUUGUUCCCUGCAGCCAUUUCCUCCCUGUAAAACCACAUUUUCCCUUGUGUAUGGCGCUCUCAGUCUCCCCCCUCAAAAAUAUUGAACGGGCACUGAUAAAGAUAAACACACAAACACCCCAGCCUGUUGGCUCCCGCCCCUGUAAAACACUCAAUCUGAAUUGCAUAUCCGCCUGGCGACCAGGCUUGUCAUAAGCCGUAUUAAGAAAAAUGGUCACACGGUUUGACAUAAAUUGGAAAAUGACAUUUGGAAAGCGGCCGCUGCUGUGGAAAUUAGAGAUAUUAAAAUUAUAAAUCAGUGUCUGGAUGUGCAAGGGGGUGUUGAGGAGAGGCUGUAUGUUCUCUUUAUCUCCCAUGUCCCUCUCUCUCUCUCUCUCUCUCUCUCUCUCUCUCUCUCUCUCUCUCUCUGUCUCUCUCUCUCUCGCUCUCUCUCUCUCGCUCUCUCGCUCUCUCUCUCUCUCUCUCUCUCUCUCUCUCUCUGUGUCUGUCUGUGUUUCUCUCGUGUCUCGUUCUUUCUCUGGGAACAGCAGAGGGGGCCUGGUCCUACAGGGACAGAGGCCCGGAGAAAGUGCUCCUCUCUGGCUCAGCGACCCUCUCUCUGCUCCGUAGGGACAAACACUCCCUCUCAUUUGGCAGUGAAAGUAGAGGAUAUUGUCUGUGCUGGCGUAGUGUCCUGUCAGCUGAUUUAGCAGCUCUCACGCUCUAACCUGCUAAUGGAUCAUUUCAGAGGUGUGAUAUGCAUAAUGCAAAGAUAUCCGCUGACACCUUUAAAAACAGACACUUCCCUCUCCCAUGUGUGCCUCACCUCUGCCCUCCGGGUGUGUGCGUGUGUGUGGUUAUUUGUGUGUUUUGAGCAGAGGCAGGCACAGCAGCAGAAGGAAGAGCUGUUUGGUGAGCUGCAGAGGGAGGUGGACAGACUGAAGAAUGGGAGACAGGAGAUGCGAAAAAAGCUUUGUGGUAGAGGAGAGGAGCUGAAGAGGCUGAGAGACGAGCAGCAUCAGCUCAAGGACAAGUAAGACGGAACAUAGAGAACAACAGUCAAUAAACGUUUGAUUUGAACAUUGUGGAGGAAGGUGGAGGAACAGAGGGAAAGACUGGGUUCUCAGGUGACAGAGAACCAGGACAUGAGCCAUGACCUGGACCUGAG